AUAUCCUCCACCACUUUAUUUUACCAUUUCUUUUCCUCCUUUAAAUAUAAACCAAGCCCCUUAUAUUCACCUCAUUUGCAUCCGCUCUCUUUUCUCAUCUUUUCCCCUCCCUCUCCCAGAAAAACUCUAAACUUUCAUGGCCGUUGAAGCCAGGCACUCGAAUUUAUUUCCUCAGCAAAUCAUCACAAACAGGGAAUAUAUGAAUACGAAUCAAGUGAACAACUACGGAUACAAUGACAGCAAUCUGGGUGGAAUGAUUUAUAAUGGAACGACAAUGGCAGAGAAUUUAUUGCCGUUCAAUCAAUCGAUAUAUUGUGAACCGAAUAACUCGAUGAAAGCCGAGAGUGGGCUCACUUAUAAUCUGCCAGCCGUUACGAGAAAACGGUCUCGAGACUUAAUGAACGAGUUACACCGAGUCAUAAUGCCACAAAAGCACUCAAAUUUUCCUGAUUUUCAAUCAUUUUUGCCUGUUCAGAUGCAGCAACAACAUUUGGAGAUCGAUCAGAUCAUUUCGCAACACACGAAGAAGAUACGGAUGGAAUUAGAAGAGAGACAGAAGCAACAAACGAGAACGUUUGUGUCUGCCAUAGGAGAAGGAGUGAUGAAGAAAUUGCAAGAAAAAGAUGAUCACAUUCAGAAAAUGCUGCGGAUGAAUCUUGCGCUCCAAGAAAGAGUCAAGAACUUGUUCGUCGAGAAUCAGUUAUGGAAAGACAUGGCGCAGACGAAUGAGGCCACCGUGAUGUCACUCCGGUGCAACUUGGAGCAAGUGCUGACGCAAGUCUCCGGCGAGCGUCAUUUUCCGGCUGCCGGAAAUGUGGAGGAAGCGGAGUCGUGUGGGAGCAGUGGGCAUGGAGAGGAGGGGGAGGAGGUUUUUGGACGGCGGCGCGUGGGGGUUGACGCGCCGGUGGACGGUGGGAACAGGAUGUGCCGGAAAUGUGGGGAGAGGGAAUCGUGUGUGCUGUUGUUGCCGUGUAGACAUUUGUGUUUGUGUACGGUGUGUGGGACCACGUCGCAGUCGACGUGUCCUGUGUGUAAUGCAAGCAUGAAUGCCACUGUGCAUGUGAAUGUAUCGGAUUAGAUGGUUUUUUGUCUUUAGUUGCAAGAUGGUAGUGAAGGUAAACAAAGAUAGAUACAGUUUUAUGUAUGUACAGACUAACUGCAUAAAUUUAUUUUUUGAUGAA